AUGGGCAGCAUCGGACACCCGCCACUAGAGCAAAACGGCUUCCUCGACUAUGACGUCCUCAUAAUCGGAGCCGGGCUCAGCGGGAUCUACUCCCUCCACCAGAUGCGUGCACUUGGUCUCCGUGUAAAGGUCCUAGAGGCCGGUGGAGGGCCCGGUGGAACAUGGUACUGGAAUCGGUAUCCGGGGGCGAGAUUUGACUCCGAAUCCUACUCCUACGGCUUUAGCUGGUCGCAAGAAGUCCUUGAUGAAUGGUCCUGGUCGGAACAUUUUGCCGGACAGUCAGAAACACUUCGGUACUGCGAGUUCCUUGUCUCGAAAUUCGAUCUGGCACGGGAUAUGCAGUUCAACACGCGGGUGAAGCAGGCGCAUUAUCAGGAGGAUAGUAGGAGCUGGCUUCUCACUGACGACAAAGGCAAUACAUAUUCGUCCCGGUGGCUGGUAACAUGCAUGGGAAUCCUGAAUCAAUAUACACUACCGAACAUCCCCGGCGUACAUGACUUUCAGGGUCAGGCAAUCCAUACGGCGCGCUGGCCUCAUGAGCCGGUCACGUUUGAAGGCAAGAAAGUUGGUAUCAUCGGUACUGGCGCCACAGGAAUCCAAGCCAUCCAAGAGAUUGUGAAAACAGCAGGACACCUCACAGUCUUCCAGCGGACUCCAAACUGGAGCGCGCCCUUGAACAACGGCCCGAUUUCGACCGAUGAGAUGCAAGAGAUCCGCAAAGCGUAUCCCGAGAUCUUCAAGAGAUGUAGGGAGUCGUACUCGUGCUUUCUGCAUAAAUCGAACCCGACCUCAGUCUUUUCAGUCUCUGCAGAAGAGAGGGAGAAGUUCUGGAACGAGCUCUACAAGACGAAAGGAUUUGAGAAGUGGCUUUCGAACUACCAUGACAUCUUCACAAAUAAAGAGGCGAAUGACCUCUACUCCGAGUUCAUUGCGAACAAGAUCAGAGAGCGUGUGCACGACCCCGUUACGGCUGAGAAACUUAUUCCCAAGUGUCACGGCUUCGGUACGAAGCGUGUACCGCUGGAAUCGGGGUACUUCGAGGCCUUCAAUCGGCCUAAUGUUGAACUUGUGGAUGUGAAGAGCGAUCCAAUUGAGCGGAUUACUGCAAAGGGAGUCAAGACGCGGGAUAGCGAGUACGACUUGGACAUCCUCAUCUACGCAACAGGUUUUGACGCGGUCACUGGUGCGUUUACGGCCGUGGAUUUCCAAGGUGUCGGUGGCGUGAAGCUCAAGGACAAAUGGAAAGAUGGACCGCGGACCUUUUUAGGGCUCUGGGUCGAAUCGUUCCCGAACAUGAUGAUGGUGAUGGGUCCACAUCAGAUGUUCGGCAAUUUCCCGCGGUCGAUCGAGUAUGCUGUAGGCUGGGUCAGUCGGUUCAUCCAGAAUGCAUGCGAACGAGGUAUAUCGUAUGCCGAGUGUACGGGGAAGAAAGUUGAAGAAUGGACAGAGCACGUGCAUGCUUGUGCUGAAGGGCUGUUGGCUAACAAUGUGGAUAGCUGGAUGACCGGAGUGAACAAGAACCUGGCGCAUAAGCAGAAGCGGAUUAUUGCGAGGUACAAUGGACCUGCACCAGGGUAUAGGGCUAGGGCAGACGAUGUCGCCCACCGGGGGUAUGAAGAUUUGAACAUGGCUUAA